AUGGAGAGCCCUCACGAGCACCAGCAGGCUGUGUUGCUAUCCCGCAUCAUUACCAAUGUUGAGAAAUUGAACGAGGCCAUCAUGGUCAUGAACAAGAGCCUGCAGGAGGUCAACAUCCAAAAUAUGAAUGUGGAGUUGGUUGCGCAGAUGUUCAAGAAUUACCAAUCCAAUGUUCUCUUCCACCUCGAAGCGACGGAAAACCUGACGGAACCUUCUUGA